AAUCUUGCAAAAUUGGACAAACCCUUUGCGACUUUGUACGACAACAAGAGGUCGUACCUGCGAACCGUGCUCGGAAGGGAAGCGCCAUCAGCGAAGAUGGUACUACCUCCUGCACCACGCAACCUCAAAGGAAUACCUCCAUUUCUAGCGAGGAGCAAACUGUGCAGGGAGCUAAUAUACAAAAGUCGGGACACCGUUCGUUUAAUAGGUCUGCCUCCUCUAGGCAAAACCCGCACCCGACAUCAAAACUAAAAGACACACUGAGCAGGAAGCCCAAUCGCAAGCAGGACGCACUUUCUGCACACACGAGCACCAGCAGCACCACAUCGAUCCAGUCAUCACCCAUCGAGCCAGCUUCCUCUCUGCCCACGCUGCACACCACGCAUACACCACCGGCUUCCAGCAAAAAUAACCUUUUUGUGCGGGUGUUUCGACGCUUUUCAAGUAACUCCAUUUCCGGUAAGACGUCGGUUAGCCCCAAAAACGAAGUCGACGUACCGAAAGUCAACGAUAACAACAACGGCACUCUGAACAAAGAGCAAACGACCGAUCUAGAGGUGCUUUGCUCUCAAGACAAUCGGAGCAGGGAACACAAUGAGGACAAAAUGGAUGGCAAAAUACAGCCUGCAGAUGCCAAGAGCAACCAGAAAGCUGGUGUAGCUUCGGGCAAUCCUAAAAAAGACAAGUCGGCUAAGGGGACGUCGCAAGCGGUUGUCUCAGACACCAAGAAAAUGGAGGCAAGGAAGUCCUCCUCGGACACGGUAAUAGAACCGUUGAUCAAGCAACAGGCCCCACUGCAUUCGUCCAAGACCACGCCCACGACCUUGACGGCAAACUUCGUACAGAACAUUCGAUUCGUGCGCAAAAAUGUGGAGCAGUCGGGCAGGAACACAAAUCCGCUGCAGUUCGUCGAGCUUGAGACGGAGUUUCCGCGCGACUAUGAUGACAACAUUGAGAUGCUGUCCCGCGAGGCGGAGCACUUGGAGGAGCAGUUUCGCACGCCUACGCGGUCGAAUGCAACGGAUGCCACUUCCCAUCAAGUGGCCGGCAUUAUUGACAACAUUAUUACCGAAGCGUCACGAAGUCUUACAAUCGAGAAGACUGAAGACGAUGUGCCAUUGAAGUCCUCCACCAAGCACUCGAGCGGCGUCAAGCGCGUUGGCUUCCAGGUCGAGGAGAAGGACGAUACCGAAAGUCAAAGCGAAAAGCAGCCAAAGAGCAUCGAUGAUACAGCCAAGAAGUCGGAGAGCGCCGAGGUUAGCGCAGAGGAAGUUACUGUCACUGGUUCCUCCACGGAUGCUUCUGCAUCUCUGCUACCUUCCACGUCGACGGUGUCCACCACCUCGUCAGCCACAUCGAUCACAAAGAGCAAAAGCGAUGAGGAUGAUGACCCGGUGGCUAUGUCCCCGUGCGGCCGUUUUUUUAAGUACGACAAGGAGGUUGGACGCGGAUCCUUCAAAACUGUCUAUCGUGGUCUGGACACGUUGACGGGCGUUCCAGUUGCCUGGUGCGAAUUACUGGACAAGCAAGUAAAGAAAAGUGAGCGCACCAGAUUUCGCGAGGAGGCAGACAUGCUAAAGAAACUGCAGCACCCAAACAUUGUGCGGUUCUAUACAUAUUGGGAGUUUCCCAUCGGCCGCAAGAAGAAUAUAGUACUAGUCACCGAACUAAUGUUAUCUGGAACUUUGAAAUCCUAUUUGAAACGAUUCAAGAAAAUACACCCAAAGGUAUUGAAGUCAUGGUGUCGCCAGAUCCUAAAGGGCCUCAACUUCCUGCAUACUCGUCAAUUUCCUAUAAUUCAUCGUGAUUUGAAAUGUGAUAAUAUUUUUAUAACUGGCACCACUGGUAGUGUUAAAAUCGGCGACUUGGGCCUGGCAACGUUGAAAAACCGCUCCCAUGCGAAAUCUGUGAUUGGCACACCGGAGUUCAUGGCCCCGGAAAUGUACGAGGAGCACUACGACGAGUCGGUAGACGUAUAUGCCUUCGGCAUGUGCAUGUUGGAGAUGGCCAUCUCCGAAUAUCCAUAUAGCGAGUGCAAGGGUCCGGCGCAGAUCUACAAGAAGGUGAUCUCGGGCAUAAAGCCAGCUGCCCUGGCCAAGGUGGAGGAUCCCAACGUACGAGACAUCAUCGAGCGUUGCAUUGAACUAAAGAAGGAGGAUCGGCCCAGCUGUAAUGAACUUCUAGAAUCGGAGUUCUUCGACGAGGACAUCGGCAUACGCGUGGAGCCCACUGCCUCGGAACAGUUCCUUUCUGAUCCGAGCAUCAGUAUCAUCGAGUUUCGACUGCGUUUUAUGGACCCAAAGAAGCGAUCGUCCCGACAUAAAGAGAAUGAGGCGAUCCAGUUCGAGUACAACAUCCAGCACGAUGAGUACGAGCAGAUUGCGCAGGAAAUGAUGAAGGAAAAUAUUAUAUCGGAGGAUGAUUCUCGUGCUGUAGCUCGACUUCUGAAGGUGCAAGUUGUAUCGUUGCUUAAAGAGCGUGCCCAGCGUCAAACUCAAAUCAAGCUGCAAAACGAGAAGUCACGGUUGGAAAAACUAGCAUUACAAAAGCAACGUGAAAGUUUGCCGACCAAUGUCGACGAGGAUGAGGAAGAAGAGGAGGAGUCCGAGGACGAGGAGGAUGGCGUAAAGUGGAAUCAGCGCCUGCAGCUCAAGUAUGACCUGCUUAACACUGAUUCAGAAACUAGCCUAGCUCUCUCCACGAACAGCGUCGAGCCGCAACAACUGUCCGCGCGGUCGAACACUUCGAUUCCGAACAGUGGCAUACAGCAACCUGUUCAGGUCCCUGGUCCUGUGGCCGUUCCCCAGUUGAUCUCGGUGCAGCCGCAGGCAAUCCCCUCACCGGCCAUUCCUAUGCAACAGAAGCCAACCGUGCACUACAUUCAAACCCCGCAGCUGGCCUCGUAUCAAAACUCGAACACGACAAUGCAGGAGAUGGGCAACAACCAGGUAAUCUCGCCGACGGGCAGUCAACAGAUCCAACAGCAGCAACCCAUUGCUGCGCCGACGGUCAAUCAUCAAAUCAUGCCGCAGCAACAAGUCAACCAACAACAGCAGCAGCCUCAAAUAUUGCAGCAGAUGCCUCAGCAAGUUCAAGUUCAGCAAGUGGCCCAGCAACAACAAACUGUUUUGCCUCCGCAGCAACACGAACAGCAGCAACAACAACAACCAAUGGCAGAUCAGCAAAAGAGCCAACAAAUUCCCUUGCAGCAGCAAUUGCAGCAGCUUAUGCACACCAACGUGCAAGCACCGGAUCUGUCGCAGCAGCAACAAAUGGCUCAGAAACAGGCCCAGCAAUAUUUUCAGCAGCAGCAACAACCACAAGCUCCGAUUUCUAUGCAUCCAAAUCAGCUAGCACAGCAGCAGCAGGCUUAUGCGAUGCAACAGGCUGGCCAGCAGCAAAUUCAACAACAGAUCUUACAGCAGCAACAACAGGCGGCGGUCUUACAGCAGCAACAACAGGCAGCAGUCUUACAGCAGCAAAUGGCCCAACAUCAACUGCAGCAACUCCAGCAGCAGCAGCUUCAACAACAGCAGCAGCAACAGCAAAUUCAGCAACUCCAACAACAGCAACUCCAGCAGCAGCAGUUUGUGCAACAGCAGUAUGCUCAAGCCAUGCCACAGCAACAACAUCAACAAUUAAUCACGGUGUCGCAGGUGAUGGCACCGCAGCAACAUCAGCCACCCAUGCAGAUCCCAGUUCAGAUGCAAAUUCCACCCACUUCAGUGGCUCCUACAAUACAGCAGACUUACAACCAGCCACCACAAGUGACACUUGGUGAUCCCCAACAGCAACAACAUGCAGGGUUCUCGGCCAUACCUCCGCAGCAAACACAAUUUGUGCCACAACCCACACAGCAACCAAUACAGUUGUCAAUGCCUUUAGAGCAGCAAUUGCAGCAGUUGUUGCACAGCCAGCCGCCCCAGCAACAACAACCCCAACAGCCUAUAAGCCAACAGCAGCAACAACCUUUGGUUCAACAACAGCAACAACCUUUGGUCCAACAACAGCAACCUUUGGUCCAGCAUCAGCAGCCACCCCAGCCACAGCUGAUCCCUGGUGUUCAGCAGCAGCAACUACCACAGCAGCAACCUCAAGCAGAACAACACCCACAGAUUUCUUCGCAAGGCCCUGUGCAACACGAAAAUGUGCAGCCAAUUCAAGUUAAUCAGGAACUAGCUGUCGCAACGGAAACCAUUUCUGUUAAUAGUACCCAAGCAAACCCUGAAGGUGCAUCCAAAACAGAAAAUCAGACAUCUGCAGAUGCGGAAAAGCAGCUGAAACAACAGGCCACGGGAACACGUUCCCAAAAACCAAGACGCUCUAACAGGAGCGGCAACGAAAGGAUUCCGAAGCUAAGUGUUACCAGUGUGGACGAGGGCAGUGUCAUAAACUGUCACAUGGAAAACAAACUUAAAACGAUUACGUUUAAAUUCGACAUAGGAGAUGUUAAUCCGGUUGAAAUUGCCAAUAAAUUGAUCGCCCAAGAUUUGCUUUCUAAUUGCCAAAGUACAGUUUUUGUGGAAAUGAUCAAUGAAAUUGUAGACCAAGUCAAACAGAAUCCUAAUCAAAUUCCUAUACCGACCAAUUAUCGCCGCAAUAUUGAAAAGCGGGAUGAAACCGCCAGCGACAUUACAAAGAUGUUUGAACCCACUAUCCAUGGUGUUGAAACUCUGCCUUCCGGCGGAGGAGGCACCGAACCGUCGAACUCCAAUUCGACGUUUGAGGCCAAGCCACAUGUAUCCAACACAGCCAAUGCGCAAGAAGGCCAGGUGAAUGUUGGAACCCCACCCACAACCACUUCGACCAUGUCUUCCUCAUCAACCGCAUCGAGGGAUGCACCCAAUAGCAGCAAUGACGUGACCAUCGGAUCGGGUUCUGUUUCCCGCAAGACAAGCACGGCCUCGGAAUACACUUCGCUGUCGAUUGACUAUAUGCCUGACAGCAACAUUACUCCAACUGGUCCGGAACCACCGCUCGAUGAUGCUAAGGAGAAGUCACUGAUUGUGAGCCAGAAGCCUUGUUCCUUUGCUAUCGCUAGAAUGCAAAAGCUUUUGGAGUCGACCGGUGGUGGUGCUCCCCGUAGCCUAAACCUGCCUUUGAAUCGUCACCUAAAGAUUCAAGAGGACCUAAAGCAUACUAGAAGCCUUGACGACUUGACCGCAGUGAAAAUAACCUUUGACAUGCCCAACAAAACCGCUUUGGAACCUUUGGAGAACGCGCAGCAAGCUUCGGCAGUUGAAGCUGAGAAGCCAAAAGAUAAAUCCGCACAGGCAUUGGGAAACCAAGGAACCGGAGCAGCCAACACUCUGGAGCAGCUAAAGAUAGAACUAGAGAACAUAACUCAUGCCCACGCCUUUGCCUCCGCGGUGGUGGCCUCGAUCAAUAACAGAGCCCCCCACCAAGCUUCCCCAGCACCAGCCAUGUCCUCACUGAAGACUUCAUCUGGACAACCACAAGCACAGGAGGUAAACAAGGCGAAUAACGGAGCAGGGGCAUCAGCACCUUCAGUGGGUCAGAAUACUCCCACUGCAGCUUUGACAUCCGCCAGGGGCUCUGGAUCCUCCGUCUACAAUUCACGUCGCACUUCCAUCGACAACAGCAUGGGAUCCGAUGUGCACUUGCACACUGCCACUAAUCUUGAAGGGACAGUUAGUAACUCGGAUCCGACUCCAACUGAUGCAUCAGUUGGCAUCACCAUCGGCACGGGUCACGAGAAGCAACUUUCCAAACAACCCAGCUUGGAAAAACCAUCGACCACUUCCAUUUCGACUAACAGCAGUGAUCCUCCUCAAAGAAAUCCCAGCAAUGGAUCAAUCAAUCAGAACUCAAUAGCAGAUUUGGAAAAAAAAUUAGCAGCCUUGCGAAAUACCGAAAACGCUGAAGAGUCUGCAUCAGCGACAUUGUCUGUGGUUCCUAAACAAGUUGAAGAAGUCGUGAACCCUAGCGCCCGUAAAAUAUCGCGUUUCAGCGUCAGUCGAGUACAGGAGCAGAAAACUUCAACCGGUGUGGAGGAACCUGCUCAAGGUCAACUAAAGAUCGACCUGCAGGUCGUAGGCCCUGGCGGCCAGAUACAGCCCAACAACUCGGUGCAGAACGGUAGUGUGGUUAAUACUCCAACUGAAGUUAUCAGCUCCCCCAUUCAAAAUGUUCCGCUGGCCAUUAACGGAAUUCAGUUGAUAUACCAACAGCCCCAGCAAAUCCACCAGUUGCCUGGAGGAACCUCCACUUCUACAAGCGGAGCAGGUGCUCAGUGCAUAGUCGUGCCUCAAGUUAUUAAUCAGAAUGGCACCCACAUGCAACAAAUGUCUAAUCUUCAGCCACAGCAGCAACUUGUGCAUCCGAACAUACCACAACAGCCGCAGCAGACUCCACUUAACGGCCAUCAGCCCAUGGUUAACACUCACCAGCAGCAGCCACAACAGCAAUCCAUACCGAUGCAGCCGAUCCAGCCGCAACAGCAGCAAAAUCAAAUGCCUCUUAUGUCGCAACAACAGCAGCAAAUCAUGAUGCAACAGCAACAGGGAUCCCAGCAGGGAUCGCAGCAGUAUAACUUGCCCACCACGCAACAAACUCAUCCGCAGCAUCAGUUCAUCCAGACGCAGCCCAACCAGCUUCACUCGCUUCCGCCCCAGGUGGUGAGCAUGGCCCAGGGAAUGCCACAUCAGCUUCCACCCAUGCAGACAAUGUCGGCUCAGCAGCAAAUGAUCUCGCAACAACAGCAUCAGUUGCAGAUGCAAUCGCACAUGCAGCAACAAAAUGUGCCGGGAAUGUACAACCAGCAAUCCGGAGCUCGUGUGGCCGCACCACAAAAUUUUCAAGGUGCCGUUCCAAAUCAUUUGCUGCAACAGUCCCCUCUGAUGGCAUCCCAGCAGCCAGCACAGCCCAUGCAACACGUUAUGCAACCAAUUUUUAAUGCAACGUCUGGUGAAGUUACCGAAGAGCCUGUAUCUCUAGCAGCUACGCAUCCACACUUGUUACCGAGUGACAUACAAUCCGACAUAAAGCACAAUUUAGACUCGUUGGUAAACCAAUUGUGCAACACGCGCUUGGGUACUAACCAGCACCAACGGCUGUUGCUGUUGCGUCAAAGACAACUCAUCGAAGAGGACGAGCUGCGUCUAAAACAUUAUGUGGAAUACGAAAAGUUUCAAAAGGCACUGCGCCAAUCUAUUAGCACAAACGUUCCAGCGACUGCAGCUUACUAUUCAGCAGCAGCAGCACAGCUUCCAACUAAUUUGGCAGCUCCUGCUGCUCCGUCCUCAUCGAAUCCGACAUCCACUAGCUCCGCAAACACAUAA